UGUGUUAUGAAGGAGGAGAAAUGGAAACCCGAAGAUCAUAUUCUGCCUCGGGAAACAUGUCUUCCAGUUGUGAGCUCUUCAUGGAUCGAUGCAGCAUCGAAUUCCACCGGUGCAGAUAUUUCUGUUCAGGAAUCACCAUCACCGUCCGGUGCAAGCAGCUCGGACUGUGGUGCGGCAUCCGGUAGUACGGCUCGAAGUGCAAAUACAGACAAUGAUAAACUGUUAUUAGGCACAGAAUGUGUUGUUUGUGGUGAUAAAUCGAGUGGUAAACAUUACGGACAGUUUUCAUGCGAAGGAUGCAAAUCUUUUUUCAAAAGGUCUAUACGUCGAAGUCUCAGCUACACAUGUAGGGGUUCCAAAAAUUGUCCUGUCGAUGUAAAUCAUCGAAAUCAAUGUCAAUAUUGUCGACUAAAAAAGUGUGAAAAAAUGGGAAUGCGUAAAGAAGCUGUACAACGUGGACGAAUACCACCAAACUCGCAGCAUCCUUAUGCAUCGGCAAUGAUCUUUGGGGAUAAUUUGUUAGGCAUGAAUGCAUCUUCAGCAUCGCAUUUCUCGAAUGUUAUCUCGCAUUUGGUUCGCGCUGAGCCAUAUGCUCCGACCAAUUGUAUCCUAACACUUUUACGAGCGAGUUGGGCUGAACUUUUUGUGGUGAAUGCUGCACAAUUCGGUAUGCCCAUACAUGCGGCACCUUUGCUAGCCGCAUCCGGUCUUCACUCAGCCUCACCGUUACCGCCUGAUCGCUUGGUCAUCUUUAUGGAUCGCAUUCGGGUUUUUCAGGGUCAAGUGGAACGACUUAAAUCACUCCAUAUGGAUUCUGCUGAAGUCAGUUGUUUGAAGGCGGUAAUCCUUUUCAGUGCGGAUUGCUGUGGCUUGAAUGAUGUAAUGCGAGUGGAAAGCAUUCAAGAAAGGGUGCAGUCUGCUCUUGAAGAGUACUGUAGAACACAACGUCAACAACAGAUUGGUCGCUUUGGACGUCUUUUAUUGCGAUUACCGAGUCUACGAACAAUCAGUGCAACAGUGAUCGAGCAACUUUUCUUUGUGAAACUCGUUGGUGAAACACCGAUCGAGUUUCUUCUCAGGGAUAUGUUAGGAUCACAGAAUGAGAAUGUUGUUAAGCCGUUCGUUUGGCCUUAUCUUAUACACUCAUAG